ACAGAAGAAGCAGGGAGCAGCAGCAGUCGGUUUGCGGAGCCCAAAAACACGGUCCAACCGGCGGAUAAAACUACGUUUUCAAAGCGAGAGAAGAGUCUGGUUCCGUGAAAAUGUAUUUCUUCGCAGUGUUUGUCCUUUUGAGGACAGGUCUGGCGGUAAACGGCGAGACUCAUUCCCUCACUUACAUCUACACGGCCUUCUCCAAACCUGUCGACCUACCGGGCAUCCACGAGUUCACAGCCAUGGGUCUGCUGGACGGCAGGAUGAUCGACUACUUUGACAGUGACAACCAGAAGAAAGUUCCCAAACAGGACUGGAUGAAAGAGCGACUGUCUGCAGAUUACUGGGACAAUGGCACCCAGUCCCGCCAGAGCAAGCAGCAGUGGUUCAAAGUCAACAUCAACAUCCUGAAGGAACGAAUGAGACAGAAUGACACGGACACCCAUAUUCUCCAGUGGAUGGUCGGCUGCGAAGGCGAUAGGAAGGACGGAGUGAUCAAGUUCCGACGCGGCAUGAACAUGUACAGCUACGACGGAAACGACUUCCUGUCAUUUGACAACGCCAACGGCGUCUGGGUCGCCGUAACUGAGGCGGCAGUCCAGACCAAGAGAAAGUGGGACGAAGUCCAGGACCUAAAAGAAUACACCAAAGGCUACCUGGAGAACGAGUGCAUCAAUUGGUUGGGGAAGUUCAUCAAUUAUGGACAAAAACAGCUAGAACAAGCCAUUCCUCCGGAGGUGCACCUGUUUAAAAAGAACACCAAAGUUGAAGGAAAAAUCCUUUUGACGUGCCUGGCCACAGGUUUCUUACCAAAAGAUAUCACCCUGAACAUGAAAAGGAACGGCCAUAUUCUAACUGAAGAUGACGGAGUUGUGUCCUCCGGCGUUCGACCCAAUGGUGACGAGACCUUCCAGAGACGAGACAGCGUGGAGAUUUUACAGAGUGACGUGUUUACCUACACCUGUGAAGUGAUUCAUCAGGCAUCCAAGUUACAUGUUGAGGAGGAGUGGGGUUGUAGAGUUUGUCCGUGUCGGGAAUCCUCAAGAGUUGUUGUGGAGACUGGAAUCAUGAUCGGUAUCCUUGUCCCCGUCGGGGUCGGGGUGGUGCUGUUAGUCUUGUAUGGAAGAGAAAGAAUUGGAGCUUGCGAAGACAAAGGCAGCCAAGGCAAUAACGGCAGUAACAAUGGCCCAGUCGUGUACCAACUUGCCCCCCUGGGAUCAGUUGAAUCUGUCAACAGCAGUUGGAGUCGUGACGCUCCAAUCACUGACUUCUAACACCAGCACCGUUGACCAGCUGCAGAUCUCUCUGCUCACCGUCCCCUCUCAGCUCCCCUCCAGCGAGUCCGGCCGCCAGCCAGUCUCUUCACCACGGCGUGAGGACGACAAACUGUGGAGAUUACUAACAGUUUGGACAGUCUUCUUUCUUCACGUUUUUAUCUGUUUCUACUGGUAAAAAGGAUUGGAUUUGGACUUAAGCUGCAUCGUAUCAGAGCUAAGGUAAACACUGCUAAGCUUGAGCCAGCUCCAUGGUUACUUCCAUUCUUCCCUGCAAAAUGUCCUCGUUGUUUAGGAAUGCAAACAAAGACGUUGCUGACCUUAAGGAAGAUGUUCGUCGGCUUUCCGAGGACUUAAAGGCCAAAGACGCCUUGUUAACCGCCUGCCUGGACGUGGCUCAUGAACAGUCGCUCCAGAUCUCAACCCUCUCAGCGGCCCUCCAGUCAGUGUUGGGAAAGUUCACUUUCUACAUGAAGUAGUUCAAAGUUCAGUUCACAAAUUUUUAAAUGAACUAGUU